UGCCGCGUGCAUAAUAUAUAGACGUCGGUUCGUUGGCUUAUUAUUUCACUCGUCAAUCUAUUUAUCCAAGUGUAUCGAUCAUUACUAAUUACCGCUCGAUUUGUCAAUAUUAAACACUGAUGAAAUUGUAAUUAACCGUCUGGCCAGUUUUUAGUUUUAUAUUUACACGUAUUUCGUUGAUUUCUUCAUUUAUUGAUAAUCUUCCGCACUGCAACCAUGGGAAUCAUGAGAAUAUUAUUUUUAACGGCGUUAUGUGUCAUGGGAUCUUUGGCUGACAUUGAUGAAGAAGAUGGAAUAAUGGUGAUAACAGAAGAUAAUUUUGAAGAAGCUAUCGAAGAUAAUCCUUACAUUGCUAUCGAUUUUUACGCUCCGUGGUGCGGUGAUUGUACGACAUUUGCUCCAAAAUAUGUUGAAGUAGCCAAAAUGCUUGAAAAAAAAAAUUCUAAAAUAAAACUUGGUAAAGUUGAUGUAACGGUAGAGGAAGAGCUUGCACGUGAAAAUGACAUACGAAGUUAUCCAACAAUUGGGUUCUUCCGCAAUGGUGUGCCCAUAAAUUAUCCAGGUGAACUUGAGACUGAUGACCUCGUCGAUUGGUUGAUAAAAAAAGCUGGUCCACCUGCCAAAGAACUUAAAUCUCUUGACAAAGCCAAAGCAUUCCUUCAAGCUCAUGAUAUGGUGGUCUUGGGUUUCUUCAAAAACUUAAAAUCCAGAGGCGCUAAAGCUUUCUUAGAAGUUGCCAGCACUGACGGCGAAAUAGAAUAUGCCAUAACAAGUAACGAGAAAAUAUUCAAAGAGUUCAAAGCCAAAGAUGGUACAGUCAUUCUCUUUAAGCCAUUUGAUGAAGGUCGCAAUGUUUAUGAAAAAAAAAUAUAUCCAGACGAUUUAAGAGAUUUCAUUGCUGAGUAUUCACUUCCACUUAUUGUCGACAUGGAUCAGAAAACGUCUGCUAAAAUUUUUUCUAGCAACGUCAAAAAUCAGCUCCUUGCCUUCCUCAGUGAAGAAGCCGGACAUUAUGACGAAUAUGUUGAAGAGUUCAGAAAAGCUGCAAAGAAAUAUCGCGGCCAAAUUCGUGUCGUUACAGUAAAUAUGGAUGACCCUCAAUUUGCAAGUAUGGUGGAAUUUUUCGGAAUGAAGAAAGAUGAAAUACCUGCAAUGCGUAUUAUAAAAAUGCUUGAUGCGGGCAUCCAUAAAUACCAGCCGGAAAAUCCUGAAUUGCGCCAAGAAAAUAUUUUGAAGUUUGUCGCUGCAUUCUUAGACGGAAAACUAAAGAGACAUUUGGCUGCAGAAGAAUUACCUGAAGACUGGGAUGCAAAACCGGUCAAGGUUCUUGUCGGUAGCAAUUUCAAUAAAGUUGCCUUAGAUAAAUCCAAAAAUGUUCUCGUUGAAUUUUAUGCUCCUUGGUGUGGCCAUUGCAAGCAGCUUGCUCCCAUUUAUGAUGAACUUGGAGAGAAGUAUAAAAACAACAAAAAUGUUGUUAUCGCAAAAAUAGAUGCCACAGCCAAUGAACUUGAGUCCGUAGAUGUCAAGAGUUACCCGACAAUUAUUUUGUUCAAGAAGAAAACUAAUGAAGCUAUUACAUUCGGUGGUAAUAGAACGCUCGAGGAUAUGUCUAAAUUCAUCGACUCUGAUGGCGUUUAUGGAAGAGAAGAAGAGAAUGACGACAAAGAUGAAGACAAUGACCGAAGAAAGGACGAAUUGUAGAUUUUAAGAGUAAAAAAAACGUGUUGAAUAGUAACUGAUAUUUUCAGCACUAAUAAGUAUAAGAUCCAUUUUCGUUUAAGAUGUAUACCAUAUAUUUAUUGUGAAAAGUGUUCAGAAAAAACAUGGAUGUAAAAGUUUCUAUGAGUACGGUCUACAAAAUUUGAAAACGUAAUUUAUUUGAUAAUUAUUUUUUCGUUGGCUGUAUAGUUAAUAUGACGUAAGGUUCACGAAUAGAAUAUUUUCGUUUAUUUUGGAUGAAUAAAUUUCAAGUUUUUAUAAAACAA